UGUUUCUGGCUUUGCUAGUAGAGAUUGAAGCUGAUACCAAAACGGUUAUAUAUGUCAUUAACACAAUGAAAUGUCCUUCUUCGAUACUAGAAAGAUAUAGCAUUCAAAUUUCUGAAAGGAUGGAACCUUUUUCCUCUGUAAACACAGUAUAUAAUCGAUUGUUUGCAAUAAAUUCCUCUGAAAUAUCGAUAAGGAUAUCUCUUUAUUUUGAAAGGCGUCUUUUAGAUUAUCUUCCUGUUAUUAAUACAAGUUCUAGCGUGCUGGAAAAUACUUUGACGUCUUUAGAGUUAAACGAGCAGUUGACAGCUGUUCUUGCGAAGGGCCCUUUAAAUGGAAACACAUGUCUUGAUGUUUUGAGGCGUAAUGCUUUGGACUUUCAAUUGGAUAGUGACCGGACGCAUAGAUUACCGUGGAAAAUACAAAUGAUUAGAUGCCAAGUCAAAACCUAUUUAUUAGAAUGCCUUAGCCAAGAUAUAUCAACGACCUUAAUAAAAUAUCUAAACGACCAGAUGAUUAUCAAGAGAAAAGCAGUUGCCGAUGAGCUUGAUAAAAUGAUGGAUAUAUCGAUGUGUUGGAUUGACCAGCUUACUUUCGAUAUUUUAGGAAUCAUAUCAAUAAGAUCAGUACCUAUACUUGGAUUUGCAUCCACUCCUUUUUCAAUAGCAUCAAAUCUGUUAUUUUCCGUAGAUGUUCAAGAUGUAAGUUUCAGACAUCAAAUCGCAGAUUAUUUACAUGAACAUAUAAUGGCGUGGAGGACUGAAGUAAUUCGGGACGUUCAUCAUAGAUUUAAAGAUUUUUUUUGGAAAAAGUUUAUAAAAUUAUGGCAGAUACUAAAUGUAUUUGGGAAACGAAACAGAGCAAGCAUUUCUUUCCACGAAUACAAAACCAUUACAGAAAGGAACUUGCAAAUUGAAGCAUAUGGAUUAUUUGGAGACAUCAUAAAGAUAUACAUACAUAAGAAAGAAACUAACGAAGAAUCAAUUCGAGAAUAUCUUUGUAAAUAUUGUACGGAUAUUUCACCUGUAAAAAUUUGUGAGUAUAAGGAAAUGAUCGUUACUAAACAUUGUUUUAAGUCUGGAAAUAGGGUCAUGAAGGUGGGGAAUCAAAAUCGUUAUGGGACUGCAAGUUUUCCAUUGAAAGACAGAGAAAAUCGGUAUUACUGUGCUACUUGUAAGCAUGUAACUGCCAUCACCGGAGACGCUAACAUUAUUUCCAAUGGUGGAAUGGCACUUUCCACAGACAGCCUUACGUUUAAUACUGAAUUGGAUUUUGCACUGUUGAAAUUGAGGAAUACAAAUAUUGUCUGUAAUCACGGCAUUCGUACCGAGGACAAUUGUUUUGUAUCGGGUGAAGUAUUAGAAAUUGACAUGACGCCAGGUAAAGACGAUCAGUUUUAUAAAUGGGGAGCAACUACAGGUCUAACUAAAGGAAACUACAUAGGUAUUAUUUUAAUAAAAACCGAGACGACAAAUUAUGGUAUAGAAAAUUUUGUCAUUGAGGGACAGUUUGGACAAUUUUCAAUGCCAGGAGAUAGUGGAUCUCUUAUUUGUAUAUCUCCCGAUUCAAUAGUUUAUACAAGCCAUAUGGCUGCAUGUAUUCUAGUCGGAGAAUGUACUCCAUCGAACUUUGACGAAAAUUUCACUCCAAAUAGGCAUAUGUGUUACCGAGUAAGUCUUCCUUUGUCGGAAAUGAAAAGUUCCGAGUCAUAUAGUACAAUCAUACCAUGUUUCUCUAUGUAACAAUUCUUUCGAAAUAUUUUAUGGGUGUCAAGCUGAAUUCUAGUAUUGUCUAAUUUCGUCAAACUAAUUAUAAAAACUUUAACUGAAAAUAUAGUUGUUGAUUGCCCAAUGUCGUUUGACUUUACACAUGUAAGAUUCUAGUUUUAGCUUUUUAAGGUAUAAAGUGAAUAAAGUGUUACACAGAUCAUACAAAUACCUCAUCCAUUGUAAAAAAAACAGCGGCGGAAGAGACCACUCAACACUCAUUCGCCUGUUGCAUGAUAUAUGUAAUGCUAAUUUAAGAAAUUAUCAAUAAACUAAUAGUUCCAACGCCUUCAACCAAGGUGACUUUAGAUUAUUUUGUUAUUCCUGUAACGUCUCGUUUUGUCGUAUAGCUUCCCAAGAAUUUUAGUACUUAUUUAUCCUUGUUUUCACAUUUGCUGGUUUGAGCGUUUAUGAAAUUUAAGAAUGAAAUGUGCUAUGGACACAUCAGAUGUAUAAAUUAUUAUUUUCAUUUUACUUAAGUUCCAACUUCUUCAGGCAAAGUUGACCUUAGGUGCAUUUAAAUAUUCAUUUUAUGUUCCUUUUGUUUAAGUAGUUGCACAAGUUUGUAUACAUCAUUUGCUUUCAAAUGUUUGGGAUUUGACAGUUGAGCAGUCUUAACAAGUGCUUCAGCAUGUUCAGAUGGACCAAAUUUAUAAGUGUUAUUUGGCUCUAGCUGCUGACGAAAUAGUAGUCACCGAGGAUAUCUUCAGCUAAGUGGGCAGUGCUGCGUAGCUGACAUGAUUCUUAACAUAACCGUAGAUAAAUGUAGAAAGUCUUCAAAAGCUAUAGGUAGCAAUAAACAGUUAGAAGUUUAGUUUUGCAUUUUGGCCAUGGUGAAUUUUUUUAAAUAUGAAAAUGUUUGUACAAUAAAAUUGAUUUUUAGAUAGCUGAAGAAUAAUAUAACCUUUCAAGUGGGUUUAUAUGAACAUCAAGAUUAUGUUUUGCAUGUUUUAUAGGCCAUUUUUCUAUUUGAAAGUCCAUAUUUUCACAUCCGUACCGCCCAUGGGUCCAGAAAUUAUUAUAGUGUUUUUCAACAAAGAUUUGACCCUCGAACUUUUCAAUUCAAUUUUAUGGAAAAAUGAGCCAUGCAUAUUAUUUGUUUUUUAGAUAUCUUGAUAGAUAAAUGUCUAUGGUUUCAGGAAAAGUAUCACUCUAAUGGAUUAAAAUCCUUCUUUGGACAAAAUUUUGGGGACUUUUGUGACAUUUUCACCACCUUUUUGCAAUAUCUAGUAUAAAAUAAAUGCUUAUUCUUGCCAUAGUUACACUAAAAACAGAUUAUAUUUCACCAUUAUAACUAUAUGGAAGAUGCUGUAUCCAUAUAUAUGCACAUGCAUAACACAAACAAAAAGCCUUUUUCGUUAGAAAGCAAGGGAAAGAGGUUGGUUAAAAAUUAUGAGUGUCAAUCGUAGGUUUUUUUCCUAACUGUGUAUUGCUACCAUACCUCUGUCUUUCUUUGCAGUACUGACAUUGGGUCGAUUUGGCUAUUUGUUGUCCCGUUUGAUAAUAUCUAAAGAUCAUUACGCAUCCAAGUACAAACCUGUCCUUUCACACACCAAUUUUGU